CUCUCCAGCGUCCUGAGCCCCGAGGUCUGGAAGCCUCUGCUCAUUCUCAACGCCUUCUUCCUCUUCCAGCAGCUGUCCGGCGUCUUCGUCGUAGUGUUCUACGCCGUGGACUUCGCUCGCGACGCGGGCGUACCCUCCGACGGACACCUCGUGUCUGUGCUGAUCGGCGUCACGCGUCUGCUAGUGACUGUGGCCAUCAGCUACGCGUCCAAGCGGUUCGGACGGCGGCCACUAGCACUGGCGUCAGGGGCCGGGAUGGCCGUCUGCAUGGGAGUCCUGGCAGCGCGUCCAGCCCUCAGCUGGCUCCCAGCCACGACCUUGGUUCUGUACAUCUUCAUGAGUACCGUGGGAUUCCUCACCCUACCCUGGGCCAUGAUCGGCGAGCUGUUCCCUACGCGCGUUCGCGGGAUCGCGGGUGGGGUCACCACUUGCUGCGCCUACCUGUUCAGCUUCGCCGUCGUCAAGAUGUACCCUGAAAUGAAACACGCCCUGGACCGGCAAGGGGUCUUCUGCUUCUACGGCGUCAUGGCAGUGCUGGGCACGGUGUUCGUCUGGUUCUUCCUACCGGAGACGCAGGGGAAAACCCUGGAAGAGGUGGAGCUUUUUUUCGCCGCGCCGACAGUGGUUGUCGCGGCGACCAAAGCCUGAACGGGAGGCAGAGCUGAUUGUUUUGUAUAUCGUCUUUAUUUAUGCUUUGGGCCAAAUCAAAAGGCGCUAGAACCUGAAAAGUAAUCGGGUUUGCGGACGCGCCUGGUUUAUGUCGUUGCUAUGGUAACUAUCUUGGCUUCUUCUUGUCUCGAGGGUGUCGUCAGUCUAAGCGCAAUGUUCUAUUAGAAUUAGAGACCCCAACGCACGUUGGGGCUGCAGCUGAUAAAUGUAUGACACGGGAACACGUGUUCGUGCAGUGCAAACAGAAUAAACGUCCUUACACUUG